UAAACCGGAUGUAGCAGCGCUAGCAUGACGCGCUAAGUAAUGAAGAAACGUCUUGAAGUUUCUGCAGUUUGCGUUUUAGACACAUGACAUGACCUAAAAAGCUGCCAUGAGGGAGGAGCCUCCUGGAUCACCUGUAGUGGAGUUUUCCGCUAUAGAUUUUAAAUAUCCUCCAUCGGCAAAGAGAUCGGACCGUUAGCCACCGUGGAGCUCAAACAGCUAAUAGAGAUUUUAUGUUAGCUACUCUGAACUCAGAUAAUCUAUUAUUACACAGCAUUCGAUCAGAUGUUGAUAUGGGUCCGAUUCCCCUUUCAUAUGGGAGCAUAUGACUAAAACUUUGUUUUAUUGGACCAUAUGAAAGCUGGGAAGGAGAAUCCCUAGUGGGCUGAGGAUGUCUGAAAUAAUGGAGGCUGAAGUAGAAGUGCUCAGCUUGCCAUCUGCAGCAUCCGCAUCAACACUGGAGCAGAAACAAGAUGGCAAAGAUCUCUACAAUGAGAUGUUGGUGAUCAAAGAGGAGUUUCCUCAUGAAUGCAGAUCCAUUUUGGACCAGCAGCACCCAGUGCCCCCCCACAUAAAGGAGGAAGAGGAGGAACUGUGCAUUGAUCAGGAGGUUGAGCAGCUUAUUGUUAAAAUUGAGGAAGAGGAAAAACCUCAGUUUUCAGAACGGAUCAAAUUUGAAGACUGCAGAGAGACAGAUGAUCCAACGAGGAGUUCAGCCGAACAGAUGGAAACACAACCUAAUGGACAAGACUCGGAUAGGAACUCUGAUUCAUUGUGCCCUCUCCAAAAAAGUAAAAUAACUGUUCACAAAAGGGGUAAAAGAACUAAACUGUCUUCCAAACUCACCGCUCCGAUAAGACUGUACUCAGGGGAAAGGCCGUUUGGUUGCAAUGUGUGUGGAAAAAGAUUCAAAACAAAGACUCAUGUGAAAUUACACAUGAUGAUUCACACUGGAAUAAGAGAACAUAGCUGUGAUCUUUGUGGGAAAGGAUUUAAAGAAAAGCAUUGCCUUCAGAUACAUAUGAGACUCCACACUGGAGAGAGACCAUUUGCAUGUGAUGAUUGUGGUAGAAGGUUCCAUGCAAAGACUAAUCUUAAAACUCACUUGAAGGUCCAUUCACAGGAAAAAACCUUUUUCCUGUGAUGUUUGUAGUACAAGAUUUAAAA